ACAGAUAGUGUCAGGGGGAGGGUGGAGGGGAGCAAGGGCAGUCGACUGUGACCGUGACAGACUGUAUGUAAAUCAGGUGGUGUCCCUGUGUGUGUCUGUCUGUGUGUGUGUGUUUAAUGUCAGAAGCGACAAAGGACGACAUCUUCACUCAUGGGUCUGGAUCAUUCUCACCCUCAGGUUUUCCCUGGCGACAUCGUGGAGUAUCCCAGGAACAAAUACUUCUCUCACUUCGCAGUGUACUACGGGGAGAGGGACGGCGUUCCCUACGUGGCUCACCUGACAUGUCGAGAUUCAGAUGCGAAGCUGCCACUGUUUGGCCGAGCUCUGAGGUCACAGGUCAAACUUGAUCCUCUGGACAUGCUGGGGAAGAAAUACAAGGUCAGCAACAUGCUGGACGACUCGUUCUCGGCCCGAGACUUCCACACCGUGGUGAAGCCUUCCAUCGACGACAUGAUGGGUCGGGAGGUGACCUUCGACAUCCUGUUCCACAACAGCGAGCACCAGGCCACGCUCUUCAGAUACGGGGUGAAGCGGUCUGAUCAGAUAGAGAAAAUAUAUAAAUACAUCAUGCCGGCCUGGAAGAAGCUGUUUGUGAACAAGAAGCUGUGACGAACUGCCUCGGCCACUGAGGGGCGCUGUUCUACAUCAGAGCCAUUGUAUUACACCAAUAGUAUUUAUGUUUGGAGUUGAAGUGAUUAUACUGAAGAAAAUCAUAUUCAAAUUGUAAUAAUCAACCCCGUGUUAUUAAUCAUCGUUUUUACUUUUGACUUCUAAUAAAAUUUCCCUCUAAAUCACAUCUUCACUCUUGAGAAGUAUUAUUAAAGUUUAUUCUUGAAAAUC